GAGAGGCCUAGAAGAGCCCUCGGGAAUUUAAAGGCUUUGAUGUCUAGUCACGUUGCCUUUCAGUGUCCGACUCAGUGGUUAUCCGACCACGGGCCUGAAUCGCUCCGGCUCCGAGCAGUGAAUUCCCUACGGGAGAGGGCCUUAGCUUCUCACCCCGCUAUUACACGCACACUACACCCCUCUUGAUGUACAGAACGAAUGAGAUGUUCCGAGGAAAGACGAAGUGGAAAGGACUUUGCAGCCCCGGGACCACUUUGUUUAUUAAGCAGGCGUUUGAGGGCCUACAGCAUGCAAGGAACCAGGAUGUGGGUGAACAGAACCCACAGGUCCUUGCCUUCGUGGAGCUUAUAUUGCAGAGGUGAAAACAAAAACGGGAAAACGGGAAGACUUUAAGCAGUCAUAGUGCUGUGAUUGAAAAAGGGGCCUGAUGGGCUCCAAGGGGAUUUGAAUAAGUGUCGCUUUUGCUGAGACCAGAGGAAGAAGUGAGCCAGGAAGGGAUGUGGGGGAAGUUCAUUCAAGGCCGAAGGAGCCGGCAGAGUAAAGGUGGGAAUGGCCGUUGUAGGAGAAAGAGAUCAUUGUUGGGGCUGAGAGACAGGGGAGAGUGGGGAGGGAAGGUCCAGGUCAGGAUGAAGGCAAAGCCUGAUCAUGUGCAGGGACUUCCUGGCUGUGUAAGCAGACACAUCUUCUGGCCUGGACCCAGUUCCCUCUUUUGAAAAGCAGAGAUGAUAAAAGGUCCCAUUUCGGUGGGUUGUCAGCACUAAACGACACAGAGUGAAUGCUCCAUUACAGUGGGUGAAUAACAUAUACUCCACCCACUGCGCAACAAGCCUUUGUUGAGCAUCUAUUUUGUGCCAGACCCCUUGUCAGUGCCCGGGUGCAAGGUCGCAGCACCGGCUCCUCCUGCCCCUAACUCCCCUCACGCUCCCACUCUUCUUCCUGAUUUCCCGUUUUCCUUCAAGUGCUUCAUCCCUGAGAUUUUUGCAGCGCUCGCUUGUUCCAGGCACUGAUCCCCUCUUUAUCCCGCCGGCAGCAUCUGGAGCGUGCUUCACACCGAGUCCUCGCCUUAACCGCACCGCAGCCGGGCGGGCCUCGGACCCCGGGCCGUGUCGCCGCGAGGAGCCUCUCUCGCCUGAGAAAGGGCCGUGAGCUCUUUCCAGUUAGGAUUUGACACCGCCUUCGGCAGGAAUGGCCGCGGAAUUGUCUGUCGGCACCAUGAUGCUAUUAAAAACGAUAACCUUCCAGCAGUCCCAGGAGCGAACCAGCGGCCCUGUUCACAAGGCAGGCGGUGGAGGAAACGUCAGUUCUUCUCCGUCCAGCCCGCUCGCCCGCUCGGCCGGAAGUUGGAGGGCCCCGGGCGGAAGGGGCGGGACGGGAAGUCCCUCCCCGACGGCUGCGCCACAUCCCGGGAGGCUGUAGCUCUGCGGGUCCGUGCUGGGCGCGAUGGCGGACUGGGCUCGGGCUCAGAGCCCCGGCGCUGUGGAGGAGAUUCUAGACCGGGAGAACAAGCGGAUGGCGGACACCUUGGCCUCCAAGGUCACCAGGCUCAAGUCGGACUCGGAUUUCACGAGUGUGACGGGCCUCCUCACGGGGAGUGUGAAGCGCUUUUCCACAAUGGCGAGAUCUGGGCGAGACAACCGGAAGCUUCUCUGUGGUGUGGCCAUGGGCCUGAUCGUGGUCUUCUUCAUCCUCUCCUACCUCCUGUCAAGGGCAAGGACGUGAGCCAGUGGGAACUGGUUUCUGUAGGUACCUGGGACAACCAGGGUCUUCCUCUGCCUUGUGUCCUGGGCUCCAGAAGAUCUACCUACAAAAUACCCCUUCGAAGUGAUGAGCAUGGCUUAGGAAUCUUUUUCCUGUGUGGCUGGGAGCCUCUGACCCAGUAAGCUCAUGUUAGCUGGUCCCAUGUGUGCAAGGGGCCCAUCCCCAUUGGGUAACCAAGGCCCAGCUUCCUCUGCCAUCUUGGGUGCUAGAAGCCCUAGCAGAGCCAGGUUGGAGCAGAGCAGCUGGGAAUCCUGGACGUGACCACCUGUGACCAGCAGCCCUUCCCCCAGCCCUCAGGGUUCUGAUGUAUUGAGGCUUCUCUGCUUGGUCUUGGUCUGGAUAAGGCCACGUCUGGUAUUCGAGGUGCCCAGAGCCGACACAGGAAGGGGUGCGACUGUGAACCUCGAAUCAUUGCUGUCACUUUCAGCCAAGGGUCCUCAAACCAGAGAUGGCCGUUGCUCCUGGCCAGGGCUGCCGGGCACUGGUGGACCAGCAAGAGUCAAGGGUCCUGCCGAGAGGUGUCUGCCUGCCGUCCAACCCCAUGGCUGGAGCCCGACCCUCAGGGAAGGGCAGUGGCCAUGCGUGGAGAAGUGAACUGCAGCAUUGGCUGAAGACGCGGGCCCAGGUCCUCCUGGUCUCCCUGUGUCCAGGAGCAGAAACUGACCUUUUCUCAGGAUUCAGGGUCUGUCCAGCACCGAGACACGUUUCCAGGAGCCCAGAUCUCUAGAAAGAGGCUCAUCUGGCAUGUCAGAGUCAGGCAGGGUGUGAGCAGGGGCCUCUGUGGGUACAGCCUGGAGGCUUCCAGGUAACAGCUUUUCAUAGGAUCUGUAGGUCGCUUUUUGAGGGUCCGCGGACAGUUUCCACCGAGUCUGGCCCUUCCACCUACAGUAUCUGCCCAUCUCUCCUUGGGCCCUCAGUGCCCACUGGUCAGUCUCCUGCUCACACAAGGUGAACUGCAGUUUCUUCCAAACCAAUGGGUCUUUCUACCCCACUGUGAGAUCUCAGUGUCUUCCCAUGAAAACACCUGUAAGAAACGAGUCAUCAGCUCUGUCCUUCCCGUCUUUUGUUCCAGUUCUCUGUCUUCCUGGUCACUCCCCUUCACUCUCUGAGGGCUACCGGCUCACCGGCCAUCUUCACACAUACACAUGUGGUCAUAUGUCAGCCACAGCCUGUGCCUCUCAACUCCUGCCACCCCACCCUGCUCUGGUCUCUGGCCCUGGGCACCUCACCUUCUGGCCCUGCUGCUCCUGCUCCUCCUCUCUCUCUCCUUUGUUCUCCACCGAGCAGGCCUGGCUUGUCUCACACUCACCAUAAUGCCCUUCUCUUUUCCACUGCGCCUGGUUGGGCCUCAGCCUUCUGGAAGGGGAGCGUGCUACCUUCUCAUUUCCGAGUGCUCUGUUCUUACUGCCUCCAUCCCUCCAGUGUGUGCUUGUUUCUCACUCGGUGAGGUCCGCUUCCUUGCCUCCAUGGCUUCGACUCAGCCGUCAGCUCAUCUCAUGUUGAAAUUUGUCACAGGGACGUGCCUACUGUUCAUGAAGCUCAGCAGCUGCUGCCGUGUCGUGUUUCCAUCGGGUCACCACAGGCACGGCAGACACAUCAGACCUGAGUGUGGCAGCCGCCUGUUCUGGGCCUGCUAACCUGGCUUCCUGAGAAUAUGGCUCAGCCAUGGCUGUUGCUCCCCCCAGGAUGCUCUUACCUGCUGUGCCCACUCGUCUUGCCAGUGCAGACCAGGAAUUGAGGAUUUGCCUUUCAGAAUGACUGUCUCAAGAAGUGCUCUGCCCCCUCCGAGACCUCUGGUUGCUGUGUUCUCUCCUUGGGUCCCCACCUCUGCCUCCCCACUUCAUUUCCAUGGCUCUUGGCAGCUCUUCCAGCUAUUUUGGGGUCUGGGUUUUUGUCUCUGUCUGGUUUACUUUUUUGUUGCAUUAGGCUGAGUUCCUGAAUGCUGCUGCCACCACGUCGGCAGGGUUUUCUGUGGGGCCUGCACCCUUCUGCUCAGCCCUGUGCACUCAGCACCUCCUCCUGUGGAUAAGUGGGGUUUGCUAAGUGGCCCUUCAGACUAAAACAGAAGAGGCCUUGGAGUCCUCUGUGCCAAGGGAGGGCCCCAAGUCAAGGACAAGGCAUUUGGUCAUAAAAACUUGGAAUAAACAGAUUCUCGAUUAAGUAAA